UCUAGAUGUUGAUUUCUCAAGAAGGCCUUGAACUUUUUAUAGAAAUUAUCUUCCUUUAAUCCGGCCGGUCAAUGCAAUUUUUAAUUGAGACGAAGCAGGUUCAACUGGAAAACUCUCCUAAUUUUCUACGCACAACCCAAAAAGAAAAACAAAUCAAACUUGAAAAUUCUUUCAUAUUUGGUUAGAAAUAUCAAGAAAUAAGCGAAAAUGAUUCCCGAGACAAACCCCGAAGUGUUGGAGGCCGAUGAGGUACCAGAGUCUAUCAAUAUUAUGGGUCCCAUUGAGGAGGCUCACGUGUUCGAAGGCUUUGACCAUAUUAAUGACGAUGAAGCUAAUGAAGAUGAUGAUAAUGACGAUGGAGUUGACGACGGGAAUGACUUCAUAGUUCGAUUUGUCGUUGAUGAUGAGGAUGAGGAUGAGGAUGAUGAGGAUUUUUAUCCUUUUGCAUAUAGCGAUCUUCUGCUGUUUGUUUAUCAAGCAUUUUUCCAAUAAAUUG